CUAAGAGGCAGAUAGUGCCAAAAUGCAGAUGAGCUGAUGGAAUACCAACUGAAACUAUAUAACAGACCGCCAAAUUUUGGGCAAUGCCCAGUUUAUGUUGAUCAUUUCGCCGAGUGGACCAUGCGUAAGAUAGUAAUGGAGAUGCGAACGAUAUCGCUAAUAGUGCUCGGUAUAGUGUCGGUUUUAGCGAUCAAACCGAUUCCUGACAGAGAUGCGAAAAUCGUGAAGCAGACGCUGGACAUACAUCCUGAUGGAUCAUACAAACAUGCCUACGAACUAUCGUCAGGAGCAUAUGCAUCAGAGGAAGGAGUUGGAGGCGUCUCUGCAAUCGGCCAGUUUGGGUAUUUCGCUCCAGAUGGGACUCCUUUUUAUAUCAGCUACACCGCGGACGAGAAUGGAUUUAAGGCCUAUGGAAACCACCUACCAACACCACCCCCAAUUCCAGAGGCGAUACAAAGGGCACUGGAUUAUAUAAAAGCGCAUGCACCUCGGCAGACUUGAUAAUAUCUGAGUGAUUGUGUCUUAUCAGUUGUUAUUUUAUGAAUGUGUUCUUAGUAGCAUUAACCUAAUCCUAAUGUACCAUAUGUAUACAUAAGUGUUGUGUAGAACGAAAACAGUUUUCAAAUAGUGCAUGAUAUAGUCCAUUGAUAGUAAGCGAACUACUCCAAGACAGUAUUUCAAAAAAAAAUUCAUACAUUCUUCAUCUGAACCUAUGAUUUUAAUGCAGAAUUACAAUUACAAGUGUUUUCAGUGAAAAAGGCAUAUCAAUCUAUCUAUCAACCGCAUUAGAGAGUAUUUAAAUCAAACAGUUUAGAUAUACAUACGCACAUUCCUACCGAAUCCCAAGGUUAUUACAUCUGCUCCGUCUAGGUUGCCUUCAAGUGAAUCUAUAAUUUGUCCACCUAAGUGUGUUCCUGCAGUGUUUCUAGCGAUUAAAUUAAAAUGUGAAUAUCGUGGCGAUUCCCUUUUCGCUAGUUGCUAUUUAUUUUGGUACGCAUAUGCCGAUAGUUCAGGAACAAUUUAUUUUCUUCGUCAGUGCUAUACGUCAUAUACGCGUACCAAACAGAAUAACCACUAGUCUCAGUUAGCAUUCAGUUCACAAGUUUUUAAUUAAGAAGAGGGGUCACUACUAUUAUACCUAUAUUUUUUGACAAUAGAAGAUCAAUCGCCACUUUACGGUAAAUUUAAUAACUCUCUCGCAUUCCAAAAAAUAAUCAUUUUUUCAAAGCGAACAAUUUUAGUUCCAACCAAAUUUCAAACGGAAAAUUGCAAUCUUCCUGCGAAAAGUAUAGUCUCCCUCCCCCGAUGUAAACAAACCGGAAGUUGUUAGCUUUAGGUAAUAAGGAGUAUUAUAUUUCGAAUAAAAACUUAAUAAGAAGCAUCACGUCUCAUUAAAAAUAUGUGUUUGAGC